UUGUUAGGACAUUCUUCUACUGGGUCUGUUUUAAAUGUCAAAGUUCAUUCCUCCAGCAUCGGAAAAGGUGGUGGUUUUGUGUUGUGAUGAGAAUGAAAUGCAGUGAGAUUCAUUUUAUAGCUAAAUAUGGACUUGUGAGCUUUUAAGGUGGAGUUAAAUUUCAAGGAAUGCUCCAUAAUCAAACAAGAUGCUAAUUAAGGAGUACCGUAUACCUUUGCCCUUGACGGUAGAGGAAUACCGGAUUGCUCAGCUGUAUAUGAUUGCAAAGAAGAGUAGGGAUGAAAGUUCAGGAGAAGGAAGUGGUGUAGAGAUUUUGAUCAAUGAGCCAUAUGAAGAUGGGCCUGGAGGAAAAGGUCAGUAUACACAAAAAAUAUAUCAUGUUGGUAGUCACUUGCCAGGAUGGUUCAAAAGUUUACUUCCCAAAUCAGCCUUAACCGUUUCCGAAGAAGCUUGGAAUGCCUAUCCUUAUACAAAAACGAGAUACACAUGUCCAUUUGUUGAGAAAUUUUCUCUGGAAAUUGAAACAUAUUAUUAUGGUGACAAUGGCCACCAAGAAAAUGUCUUCAACCUAAGUGGAAGUGAUUUAAAAAGUAGGAUUGUUGAUGUUAUUGAUGUUGUUAAAGAUCAACUUUAUGGCAAUGAUUAUGUAAGAGAAGAAGAUCCUAAAUGUUUUGUGUCUCAAAAAUGCAAUAGAGGUCCUUUAACUGAUACUUGGUUGGAGGACUACUGGGCAGAAGUCCAGGGAAAACCACAACCACUGCCAAAUGGAAAAUCUCUCAUGUGUGCCUAUAAACUUUGUCGAGUGGAAUUCCGUUAUUGGGGGAUGCAAACCAAAUUGGAGAAAUUUAUUCAUGAUGUUGCCUUAAGAAAAACCAUGCUAAGGGCGCACAGACAAGCGUGGGCCUGGCAAGACGAAUGGCAUGGAUUAACAAUGGAAGAUAUACGUGAAAUCGAACGACAAACGCAACUCGCCUUGAAAAAGAAAAUGGGUGGUGAUUCAGGUGAUGAACAAGACAUUUCUGAGGAAAAUUCAAAGUCUCUUGCAGCUACCAUGAGUAGUUUAGAGAAAAAUGAAGACAUGCCAACUCCAUUGGCUCCUAAAAGAAGUAACGAUAAAAGGAUCUCAAAACAUGUAACCCCUGAAGGUACUCCUCCAUCAGAACAUAAGAGUUCUAAGAGUAACCUAAGGUCAUCUUCUUCUGGUUCUAUAAAAAGUUUGCAGCAGCAGGUAGCCAAUUGGCGCAUGGAGACAAUCGUAAGAGAAUCAGAAACUGAAACUGGAUCUGAAGAUGAGUUUUAUGAUUGUGAAUCUUCAUUCAACAAGUGGUCUUCAAUGUGUUCUUUAGAUGCAGCAGAUAUUGAUAUUUCUCCAACCCAAGGAGAUCAAGCGCAAGACGAUAGUAUAUUCAACCCUACAUUCUUGAAAAGAGUUACAUCAGAAAGAGGUUCCCGUAGAAUGGUGACACUGCAGAGUCACCAAAGUAUCGACGGCUGUCCUGAAACACCUGUUCAUAGUUCAUGCCCAACUACUGUGCUAAUAUUAGUUUUCCAUGCUGGUAGUGUUUUAGAUGCUAAUGUUGAUAUGACAGCUAAAAAAUCAGACGUAACUACAUUCAAGGGUGCUUUCGAAUCAGUAAUGCGUCAACAUUAUCCAACUUUAGUAGGACACGUCACUAUAAAAUUAGUAUCGUGUCCAUCUGUAUGCACGGAAGCUCUAGGCGUUCUUUCAACACUUAGCCCUUAUAGUUUUGACUGUUCGCCAUCCACCGUUGAAUCGCCUUCUCUAACAAAUGAUCUUAUACCUAUUGGUGCUAUACCUUUAAUUGCUACUAGUUCUCCUGACUAUGUGGAAUCAGUAACAAAAACCAUUAACUCAGCCAAUGCUGUUUACAGUGAAUUUAUGAAAUCUGAUGAUGGCAGAGGAUUUAAUGGUCAAGUUUGUGUUGUAGGUGACAGCAUGGGUUCUGUUUUAGCAUACGAUGCUCUUUGCCGAACUUUACAAUACCAAUCUCGUCACGAUAGUGAAAACAGCAUUUUAGAUACUGAGAUUACAAUACCAAAUGACACUACUGAACAUUAUCUAAAUAAAUCACACUUGCAAGCUCCUACGCCAAGGCGACGUUCAUCUUCAACGAGUGAGAAUCAAAUUAAAUUUGAAUUUGAGGUCAGUGAUUUUUUCACAUUUGGUAGUCCACUAUCUUUAAUUUUAGCAUCACGGAAGAUUUCGGAUGAUAAGUCGCGUGAUAUUGUGAAGCCACCUGUCCAACAGGUCUUCAAUCUGUUCCAUCCUACUGAUCCGGUUGCUGCUAGAAUGGAACCUUUACUUUCUGCAAGAUUUACAAACUUACCACCAAUUAAUGUUGCUAGAUAUGCAAAAUAUCCCUUGGGUAAUGGUCAACCUUACCAUCUCAUGGAAUUAAUACAAAGUCAUCCACAAUUAUUUGGUGAUCAUUUACAAAUGCCUCCUACUCCAGUAUUGAGAAGAUUAUCGGAAGCAUCAGUUCAGAGUACAGUGAGUGGUUUAGUUGACAACAUUCCCUUAAUUACAAUGAAUGCUUUACAGCAAAAAUGGUGGGGUUCUAAACGUUUGGACUAUGCCUUAUACUGUCCCGAAGGUUUAACAAACUUUCCCACUAAUGCUCUGCCUCAUUUAUUCCACGCCAGUUACUGGGAGAGCUCCGAUGUGAUAGCCUUUAUUUUACGUCAAAUUGGGCAUUUUGAUUUGGCUCUCUACAGUCAUUCAGAUGAUAAAGAAUGCACUUUAUUCAAACCUGAUCAGGAACGAGAGAAAUGGAUGAGGAAAAGAACCUCAGUGAAAUUAAAAAAUGUAGCAGCCAAUCACAGGGCAAACGAUGUUAUCCUGAAAGAGGGUAAUCCCCAAACAUUUACAGCCAGAUUCAUGUAUGGACCUCUGGAUAUGAUUAAUUUGACAGGAGAGAAAGUUGAUAUUUAUAUGAUGAAAGAUCCGCCUGCUGGAGAAUGGGCUAUGUUGGCUACUGUGGUUACUGAUAAAACUGGGAGGAUUUCAUACACUAUCCCAGAAAAGCAAAGUGUUGGGUGUGGGAUAUAUCCAAUGAGAGUGGUAGUUAGAGGUGACCAUACUAGUUGUAAUUUCCAUCUAUCGGUUGUUCCCCCGCAAACCGAAUGUGUGGUUUUCAGUAUCGAUGGCUCUUUCACGGCUAGCGUUUCAGUGACUGGUCGUGAUCCAAAAGUAAGAGCCGGGGCAGUCGACGUUGUUCGAUUCUGGCAAGACUUGGGAUAUCUCAUUCUUUACAUAACUGGGAGACCUGAUAUGCAACAAAGGAAGGUCGUGUCUUGGUUGGCUGAACAUAACUUCCCGCAUGGGUUAGUUUUCUUCUCAGAUGGCUUCUCUACAGACCCCUUAGGGCAUAAAGCAGCUCAUUUGAACAGUCUAAUUACGGAGCAAGGUGUAAUACUGCAUGCGGCUUAUGGAUCCGGGAAAGACAUAACGGUGUACCAUAACUGCGGGCUAUCUCCGAAGCAGAUUUAUGCUAUAGGUCGCAUAAGUAAGAAAUACAGUAACAUGGCGACUACUUUGGCCGACGGAUACGCCUCUCACUUGGCAGAUUUGAAGCAGCCAGGAGCCGUCAGGCCCGCCCGAGGCAACGCUCGGCUUCUCGUGCCCCGGCGGCUGCUGGCGCCGGUAAACAACACAUCAUCCUCUCGCAAUCGUCGUUAAUGUGAUAAUUUCAAUCAUGCUUUAAGUAUUUCAAGCGCUUUUUUGGAUAAUAUGAUAUUAUAGUGACCACGGUGCGUAAUUAUUAUUA